AUGAUUUGUCUCAUUACAAAUGGGACGGGUGAGAUGGAUUUCAAGAAGGUUCCUGAUUUGGUGAAGCGUCUGAAGGCCGCUAAUAUUGUCCUACGUAUUUUGAUGAUUGGAAUGAAAGAUAGCGGAGAUGAGCUGACUACAUUUGAGAAAGAAAUCCGACAGUCCAACAUUGAGGAAUUGCAAAAUAUUGAGCGUGAUUAUUACCCACCUGACAGUGAUGGUAGGCCCGACGAUAUGUAUAUGUUUGCACCCUACGAGGAGGCGUAUUUUUACGUUAGUAAACCAGUGGUUCAGCCAGUUGGCGUACUAAGGCAAUUCAAGGGAGUACUGCGGUUGGGAAGGCCCACUGAGGACUCAGAAAGCGUGAAACAUGUCAUUGAUGAAGAAAACACAAUAACCAUUCCGGUGUAUGGCUAUCCAUGCACCAGAAGAACGCGUGUUCCCACAGCGAAGUCUGUUAUUGUCAAACGUAAAAGGCCUGAUGAUGACGGUGGUGAAUCCGAAGACGACGAGUUUAAUGAUCGAAAAGUGACUGUGCACUUUGUUCGUGAUUAUUAUGUUGAAAAAGUAAAAGAUGAGAAUGGAGAAGGGGAGCAAAAUCCCGAUAACAGAAUCAUUUUAGAACGGCAAAAUCUACUUAAAGGCUAUAGAUUUGGGUCUGAAAUUGUUACUUUCGAUGCUGAAACAAAAAAGGAGUUGAGCAGUAUCCAUCUUUCAAACAGUCCAGAGCUUUCUAUCUACGGAUUUUGUAGCGCAAAAGAUGUCCCUAGAUGGUAUUUGAUGGAAGCAUCAGAUUAUAUCGUUGUAAGCCCUGAAGCACGCAAAAAAGAUCAGCUCGCCAUGUCAGCAAUGAUCCUGACGUUGCAGCUGGAUGACCGUGUUGCCAUUGCUCGAUAUGUGGCCAAACCAGAAAAAGAUGCACAUAUGGUGCUAUUAAGUCCAUACGUCGAUGUUGACUUCCAAGCGCUUAUUCUUAAUAUUCUACCAUUUUCACAAGACUACCGGAAAUUCCAGUUCCCAAGUUUGCUCGAAAUUAAAUCCAAGUCAGGUAAAAUAUUGCCACCUGAUAAUCCACAGCGUAUUAACCGGGAGCCCACUACAGAGAUGAACGAUCUCAUGAGCCAUUAUAUUGAUGAAAUGGACUUGGAGCAUGCCGGAGAACCAGACGAAGAUGGAGAGCCAACCGAGUAUAUGACCUGUGAAGACACAUUUAAUCCAGUAUUGCAUAGACUGCGAAAUGCCAUCAAAGUGGCCGGAUUAACUGGGGCAAAGAAUUUUGUUCCUCCGGUGUGGCCAGAGCUGGUUAAGUACUCGCAUCCACCAGCAGGGCGACUUGAUCAACUCAAGCCCACGACAGACCGACUGAGCCAGCUCUUAGAUAUCAAAGUAGUGGAGACCAAGAAGAGCGAGAAACAAAAGGUCAAACAAGAGGCAGAAGCGUCCAAGCGGGUGGCUACCGACACUGACAUCAAACUGGAAGACCUUCUCAGUUAG